GUUAACUACAACUAUAUCUAAAAUAGGUAGUGCCUACUUGAAGUUUGUAUUUUAAGUUCAGCUGUCUACCUAGAUAACCUGUGACAUAUCUAGAGCUAUUUGGUGAUUUACAGACUAAUAAAGGAAUGUAACAUAAAGGAUGUCUUUAGGAAAAGAAAACACAAAGUUUGACGUGGACAGGGGACGAGCCUGGGUUGUUCUCGUUGCAGUGUACUCGCUUGUUAUUUUUCUCUGUACUACACUGUAUAUGAAUGGCCUGUACUUAGCGGUCCUUGUUGAACAUUACCAAGAGGACCUUACCAAAACAUCGAUGAUUGGAGCAUUGAACUCUGCACUUCUAUGUCUACUAGGUCCAGUCGUAUCUGUAUUUAUGGAUAUAUACAGCUGCAGGACUUGUAUAGUGUUUGGUGGAUUUCUUCUGAGUAUCUCAUAUUUCAUCAGUUUCUUUACCAAAAACAUCAACGUUUAUAUUUUCACAAUAGGAAUUAUCGGCGGCAUUGGGAAUUCUUUUGCCGCCAUACCGCCAUCAGUACUAUUGGCCUACCACUUUGAGAAAUGGAGAAAUACAAUCUUGUCUUUCAAAGAGGUUCUAGUCGGAGUUGGGAUGUUCAUUGCAUCUCCGAUUUUAUUCUGGUUUCUCGAUAUGUUCGGAAUCAAUGGGUCGUUUUUAAUUGUGUGUGGGAUGACCUUACAAAUAUGCGUUGGUGGAUUAAUUUGUGCGCCAAAUUCGGAAGAAAGGAAACUCAGAAAAACAAAAUGUAAAACUCAAAUUAAAAACAGUAAUGCUUCAUUCAAGAUGUUUUUGAAAAAUGUUAAAUCUACUACAAUACUAAGCCUUAGACUUUUUAAGAAUGGUUCUCUGAUCUUAUUUUUGUUUAGCACUUUAGCAUGGAAUGUAGCAUUCUCAGCUUUUUCUCUGCAUUUGCCACGGUAUAUGGUGACAAAAGGCUUCGGCAAUAUGGCGGUUGUUACAGUAAUGACAAUAUUUGGUCUAUGCAACACGCUCGGAAGACUGUGCGCGGCAACGACCGUAGGAAAAGGUGGACUCGAUAGCAAUAUUCUUCAUAUAGGAAUGUUAGGUGUUCUUAGUUUAUCUGCAAUUUUGUUUCCACUGUAUGGACGAUGGUCUUCUGCGGGAUUUGUACUCGCUGCAUUAAAUGGAUUUUACUCCGGAGGUCCGAAUGCUUUGAUGACUCCAAUCACCAUUAGUCUAGUUGGUAUAGAUAAAUUGUCAAGUGGUUAUGGAUUAGCCUUUUUCUUCUGUGGUGUUGGCGUUUUAACGGGACCCCCAUUUCUAGGAAUCAUGUACAGCUUGACUGGUUCAUAUGAUAAAAGUUUUAUGACAAUAGGUUUCGUAGUUUUGUUGGGAGUCUUCUGCAGUCUUAUGGCAUUCAGUGGUAAAUAUUCACUGGAACAUCCAGAAACAAAAAAUACUGAGAUCAUGAAAACUGUUCUGACUGACUUGCUAGAGGAAGGCAAUCCUAAUGAUGUCGGGAAUAACGAUGCAGUAAGUGUGACCCUGACUAAUGAAGAAGAGCAAACCCCGCUGGAAACAAAUGAAAUUGUUUGAUUUGGCUGCAGCUACUGUGAAUCAGGCUAGAACUACAACGUUGUAGAUAAAGUGUCAGAAAAGACUAAAUAAUGAUACGAAGUGGAGGAAAGCAAUGUUGAACCAUUGUGGCUUAAGUGCCAUACUACUUAAUGCCGAAUCCAUUGUUCCAAAUUUCUUUUGGUUAAAAGUUAUGUUAGUCACUUAAGUACAAUAAUUGUUGUGGUUUGCGGUAAUAAAUAACGAAAAUUGUGCAGACGUUUUAAACUUUCGUGACAUCGAUAUUGAGCAUGAAUGACAUGAAACUACUUCGAACAUGUUUUAGCUUACUCCUCUAAUAUUAAUACUUUUGCAAUGUAUGUAAAUACAUGUAGCAGUCUUCUUUGAAAAAGCUCUUCUGGUUGAAUUAUUCUUGCAACAUACUGUGAUAACAUAUAGAUAAUAUAGUAGACCAUUUCAAUAUUUCUACCCUUGUCUUGUGUUUUGUUUUUCAGUUCCAUAUAUGAAUAACGUUAACACAUUGAACCUUUACAAAAUCAAAUAUUUGAUACGAUACAUACAUAAAAUAUACAUUUAACUUACAAGUUAGUACAUCUAUGCUACAAAUUUCCACAGAAAAGCAAAUUACCAGACAUGAUUUCUAAUACAUUUAGAAAGUUUCAUUUAAUAGUAAAAAAAAAACUAUGUUUUAAUAUUAUUGAAACAUCUAUCUUGCAAUACUGAUUUAGAAAACAUUUUAUAUUUCUAAAAAAAAGUGAUUUUACAAAAUACGUUUUAAAUAGGACUAUUUUCCUUAGACGGAUAUUUGUAAUUGCGCAUAUUAUCAUAACCCUUUCUGGUUAUAAUUAAUUGGCACUACAUGUAUAUAUAUACGAGUACAUGUAUGAGGUAAUUAGGAAAAAGCUUGUAUAUACAUUCAUUUUAUUAUGAAUCCAUUUCGUUAUGACAUAUCAUAUACAGGAAAAAUAUCUGGUCUAGUCUAAAUUCCCAUCCAAGAGUAGCAAUUUCCUUCUUGAGAAACAAAGAUCAAUCAUGUGUGCUUUAAGAGAGCUUCCGUUAAACAACUAUAAUAUAGAUUCUGAAGUUUCUUAAUAAUCCUACUUAAAUGUGAACUUCACACGUUAACUCUUUACUCUGCAACUACAAAUUUAUGUUCUAAAAUAAAAGUACUUUAUUGGAAAGUUCUGUAAGAAAAUGUAUUAAAUCAGAAUUACAUCGUUCAGUUUUACAUUAGAUUACACAUUUUAUUGUAUUUCAUCUCAGAAAUAAAUAUUUGUAAGAAAUUUCUUUAACAGGAUUUCAUACCAAAAUAUCAUAUUUAAAAAAUACAGUGACUUCAUAAUAUCUACAAGUUUUAACAUGUUUCAGUUUGUCAGUUAAUCAAGGCUGAGAUCCAACCAUUGUAAAUGUUGAGAUAAAGAACGGUUGACGUGUGUACCAGGGAAAUAACAUUUUGACGUCACUUAAUUUCAAAUUG